AUUCGGAAAUAGAAGACGAAAAUGAAGAAAACGAAAUUGAAGAAAUUGCAAAUGGAAACAGAAAUGAAAAUGAAAUAGAAAACGAAAAUGAAAUUGAAAAUGGAAAUGAAAAUGAAAAUGAAAUUGAAAAUGGAAGUGAAAUUGAAGAUGAAGAAAUAGAAGAAGUUGAUGGAGACAGAAGAGAAAAUAGAAAAAGUUUGGAAAGAGAAAAUGAAGUUGAAGAAGACAGAAGAGGCCGCGAAGAAGAAAGAGAAGAGUUUGAAAGAGACGGGGAACGCAGCGGCAGACGCAGCAGCAGACGCAGCAGCAGCAGCAGCAGCAGCAGCGGCAGCAGCAGAGCAGCAGGGCUCCUCAGAGCAGCACAGAGAGCCAAAGAGGAAGCCUCGAAGCUGAAGCAAGUGGCUGAGGAGGCGCAGCAAGCAGCAGAAGCAGCAGCAGCAGACUCAGAGGAAGCAGCAGCAGCAGACGACGAGGAAGCAGCAGCAGCAGACGACGAGGAAGCAGAACAUGCAGACUCGGAGGAAGCAGCAGCAGCACACGACGAGGAAGCAGCAGCAGCAGACGACGACGAAGCAGCAGCAGACGACGAGGAAGCAGCAGCAGACGACGAGGAAGCAGCAGCAGCAGACGACGAGGAAGCAGCAGCAGCAGAAUCUGAGGAAGCAGCAGCAGCAGAAGACAGCGAGAGACUUGGCCGCUCACGGUCUCGGCGUGAAGACGAAGCUGAAGAAGAGAAAGCGGCAGCAGCAGACUCUGGAGAAGAAGCAGCAGCAGCAGCAGGAGGCCGAGAGGAAGCAGCAGCAGAAGCAGACUCGCGCGACGAGGAUGUUUCGGAAGCAGCAGCAGAGUCCAGGGGCCGCGCAGCAGCAGCAAGAGA